UGCCACCCACAAACCGCUACGACUGUUAACCGAGUUUUUUGUGCUCUAAUCAAUUUCGCUUGCGUUUGCAAAUUGUACCGUGCAGUGUUUAUUUAACUCUAAGAGUAACAAAAGCCUGCGCACAAUUUGUAUGAUUCAUUAUCGUUCGCUUAUCGUUGGUUGCAUUCAAAGCGCGCCGAUCAGAUAAGUUCUUUGAAAAAUCGAAACAACAACAAAUAAACAAUUGAGUGCUGUUAAAUAGUUAAGAAGUGAUGAAGGAGGAGGGCUGAAGAGCUGAUAAAUCCAAUAUUUUCUUAUAAGUAUUUGUUAUUUCUUGCUGACAAAUAUUUGUGGAAGCUGUGCCAUUAUUAUCCGUCAUGAGUAAUAUGGACAUAAAAGGGGCUUGUGGCGCCACAAAGACGUUGCCGCUACUGCUACUGAUGUUUGCGUUUGUGUGCAACGCCAGUGCUGGAGAUGACGCAAAUCAGCUGGAUUCAACAUCACACGAUUGCACGCUAACGGAGCCGGUCUACGGCUACAAAUUUGACUUUAGCGGUCUACACUCGGAACUGGGGCAUGUAGUGGGCAUCGAAAGCAACAGCGAUCUUUUUGAGUUUAACGUCUGUGGCAAUCUGAAGCGCAGCUGCAACAACGAGACGAACGUCGCCGCCUGUCUCAAGAAACAGGGCAAGGAGUAUGUGCUGGGUCGACAGCAUGAGCUGCAUUAUCACAAUGGCAAAAUGUAUCUAAAUUAUUUGAGUGGUGUCAAGUGUGCAAAUGGAACCGCUGACAAUCCCAACUAUCAGCUGCAUGUGCGUCUCAUCUGUGAUUAUACGCUGGACACCAAUCCGCUGCAUCUUACUGCCUAUGCUGAUGACUCAUGCUCCUUCUAUAUUGACUAUGAGACGCCGCUGGCAUGCUUACCCAUACCGGAUGCGAUGCAGUCGAAUAGUUGCAGUGUCGACUAUACUAAUAAGGGCGAUAGAUUCGAUUUGAUGUCGUUGAGCGAUACUAACUAUAGGACCACAGAUCGUCAGGGCGGUUUCUUCAUAAUCAACGUUUGCAAGCCGGUGCUUUACGGCGAGAAUGCCAUGUGCCCUGCCGGCAGCAGUAUUUGUUUGUUGUCGCCAGGCCAGAUUGAUAUCAAGAAGCGUUUCAUUAACUUUGGCAAUGUACAAGCGCAGCCGGAAAUCAAGGAUGGCAAGCUGCUGCUGCGUCAUGAGUCCUUUACGCCUUGUGGCGGAAAUGCGAGCCUUAAUUACACGAGCAUUGUUAAUUUCUAUUGUGACAAGAGUGUUAUGAAUGCACAUCCCGAACUAAUUGGUACCGAUCCGGAUGGCUGCACGUAUCAGUUUAGCUUUUUCACACCGCUUGCCUGCAAGGAUGUGAAACCCUGCACGGCCAUCGCUGCUGGUAAUGAGCUGCUGGACUUGAGUCCGCUCGGUAGCCACGCGGCGCAUACUUUGAGCAAGGAUGGCAAAAGCUAUACGGUGGCCGUGUGCAACAGUGCUGGGACGCCCUGCAUGGCGAAUGAUGGCGCCUGCUACGAACAGAAUGGACAGACCUACAAGCUGGGCAACUUCAAUACACAGUUGCGCUUCAAUCAGAGUGGAUCGGCCUAUUUGCUGUACGAGGAUGGAGCGAACUGUGGAACGGGCGGCCGCCACUGGUCGACAAAAAUCGAAUUUGUGUGCGCGAACAAUGCGACGAAGGACAAUGGAACGACAAGCAUUGAUGCUGUCCAAAUAAUUGAGGACUCCAAUUGUCAGUUGUUAAUUCAAUAUCAGACGCCGUUUGCCUGCCAGCAGCAGAUUAAAUGCAAAGCCAAUGUCUACGUGGAGCACUCAACGGAUGGCAGCGGCAGCGGCGGCGACGAACUGGUCGAUCUAACUCCCCUGAUUAACGCCAAUGAGAAUUAUGAGGCACGGGUCGAGCUGCCGGCCAGCCAGCAGCAACAGCUACCCAAAAACACCAAGUUCUUUCUGAAUGUGUGCCGUCCAUUAGUGCCAAAAUACCAAUUAGGCUGCGCCGGCGGUUCAGGUGCUUGCAUGGCCAAAAUGUCGGCAGCUGGUGCACCCGAGGAGGAGCAUAGCCUCGGUUUCCCGCGGGUUAAGCUAUCGCCCAUCAACCGCACAGCCGCUGAGCUGCUCUACGUAAAGGGCGAUCCCUGUCCGACAGACAAGGCCAUGAAUCUAUCGACACGCAUUCACUUUAGCUGCAACAUGCGCUCUGGUCGUGGCCAACCGGUGUUGAGUUCCAUUGAUGAUUGCCACUAUCGCUUCGAUUGGGAGACUAGUGUCAUUUGUCCGCCGCACGAGUGCAACUUCAGAGCGGACACUUGUGAGAUUGAGUUUGUGCAGGAUGAGCCGAAUAUGCGCUACAACUUCCGGACUAACGCAUCCUUCACCAAUUCCGGCAAAAUUGAGGUCGACUAUAAGAAUACGAAAAUCGAAUUGAAUAUUUGUGGAUUGUAUCGCAAGGUUGUCACCGAUUUUUCGCAGGACGUGGUCAAUUUGUUCUUCACACACGACCUGCCGGGCUGCGGCAAAGAGGGCAAGAUGAAUGUUCAGAUGCGUUUGAUAUGCAGCAACAAAACUGAGAGUUCCAGCAGCAUUACAGAUGACACGCAGUGUAGUUUGCUGUAUGUGCAACGCACGCCAAGCAUUUGCCCCUUCCUGGGCCUGAGCACGCCGCCACAGGACGAUGCGGAUGCAGGCAGUGGCACGAGCAGCACCACCACUACAACAACGACAACAACAACAGCUAGGAGCACAACGGAGAUCCUGGGCAUUAUCCUGUCGGUGACGUGCUUUGUGGCAUGCGUCGGACUCUUUGCCAUCUCGCCAUCGCGAAGGCAACGCGUGCGACGACUCUUUCGACGCAGCAACUCUUCGGUGCAGUCCAACGAGGAGGCGAAUCUGCUGCUGGAACCCAAUGGCGAGUUCACCGAGAGCGAUGAUGAUAUGCUGCUUUAAACAUAAAGGAUAUACCACCCCUUAAGUCCAGGCUGUUUUACACAAGUGAUGGAGAGUUAAAUAUAAAAUCUACUAAUUAAUAUAAAAGAAAAGAAAAGACAUGAGAAAAUCCCAAAGUUAGGAACGUUCAACACCAAAGAAGACAGAGAAAAUAAUAGAUAUUCGCAACUGAUUGUGAGCUAAUGCAAAAAAAAAACAAAAAAACUGAUAGUAGACAAGUAAUGAAUUUUUCGAGUUUUGAAAGAAUGCUUAUGAUACUAUACUACAUAUAUAUAUAUACUUAAUUAUCGUGUCAUACGACGUCUAUGGAAGACAACAACGACAACAAACAAAUCCCAAUUAAUGGAAUUAUAAGUGUAUAUGCCUAAAAAUAAUAUUAUAUAUAUUUUAUAUACUUGCACUUUACAUAUGUAAAGGCAUCAAAAACCCCAAAACAACAAAAAGCCCUUUAGCUAUAUAUACUAUAUAGUUUACACCAGAGAAUUGCAUGCGACAAUUGAUUUCUAGUAUUUUUCCAAAGCAGCAUUAAAAUUUCAACUGAAAUGUUUGCCUUCAACAAGUAUUUAACUGCAAUGCAAGCGCAGAUUAAUAAUGUUAUAUUUUUUUAUUGUUUGUAUUUUGUUUACGAUGAGACUGGGCUAAAUGUACUUAAUUUUGUUGUUCUGUUUUUAGCUACUUUACUUUUGUUCUUAUUAGCUUAAGCCGUCUGUAAAAAUGUUCAGUUUUCUUUAAAAUACUACGCCAAUAAUUAAAUGUAAAUCUAUAUAUGCUCUGUAUAAAAAAUAGAUUUGAAAAAAUAUAAGCAAAGUCAAAAAUAUAUACAAAAAAGAAAAA